ACUGGUGUCUUCAGACACUCAGGCAACCUGUUGAAAUACUCAGACUGAUGAGAGACUAAUCUAGAAAACACCAUGUCUGAGAGAAAUAACCAAGAGAGCUGCAGUAGAUUUCACAACCAGACUGAGUGCCCUUCUAGAGGUGAGCUGCAGGUCCCAGUGAACUAUGUGGACCGCAUUCUGGGCCUGGAGCAAGAUGAUGAAAACACAAAUUACUCCACAACGGAGUUUCUCUUUGCUAUGCUUGACUGCCUAACAGAUUACAUCCUGGAGCUGGUAGGCUCUGAGUUCAACAACAGUAACACGAUGGACAAUACUUUACAAGGCCAGAGUGGAAAAAGCAACAGCAACCGUAGAGCCUCCAGAAACCUGGAGAAUGUGCCUUUCGCUCCAUUUGAUGAAAUACCCGGAUCCAGGAAGAGUGGCUGAAGACUGGAUCCCAGAGCCAGGGAGUAA